AUGUUAACUACAGAGAUACCCAAACCAUGGCUCAAGUAUAAGGAUCCGGCGCAUCGUUGGGCAAAGUGGCUGUUCUGGGCGGGAUGGUUGGCAGGGAUAGCAAUCACAGCUGGACUGUGUGUCGAGGCGUACAUGUCCAUCCCAAGGCUCGAGAAUCUCUGCAUGGUCAUGGAGGAUGACUUCUCCGGGAGUACGAUAUCAGACUACUUUUGGAAUCACGAUAUCACUCUUGACGGAGGCAUAAACGGCAAGUUCCAGUGGUCCACCGCAUCUACCAACAACUCCUUCAUCACCGACUCCACCCUCUACCUCGUUCCAACUCUCACCGCCGACCAUCUCGGAGCGGACGCGAUCAUCAAUGGCGCGACGGUCAACCUCACAGCGGACGGUACCUGCUCCUCCAAGAAUGUCUCGCACUGCGCAGUCCAGUCCAACUCUACUCUCGGCACAGUCAUCAACCCAGUCCAAGGCGUCACGCUCCAGAGCAAGUUCUCGAUCCGAUAUGGCAAGGUGGAGGUUGUCGCUAGGCUGCCAACAGGUGACUGGAUCUGGCCAGCUAUCCGCCUCAUGCCCGUCAACGACACCUACGGCGCGUGGCCCAAGUCUGGCGAGAUCGACAUCAUCAACGCACGCGGUAACCGCCCCGGAUACGGCGAGCUCGGUAGCGACUUUAUGCAGUCCGCUGUCCACUGGGGUCCGCACCUGCUCUUCGACUCGUACUUCCGCACGUGGGGUAUCCGGCGAGACAAGGUCAAUGGCUACGCCAGCGGAUUCCGCAAGUACGCGCUCGAGUGGAACGACAAGUACCUCAUGACGUAUAUCGACAACAAGGUCCAGACGGCUCUGACGGUCAAGUUUGAUCAGUCCUUCUGGGACCGAGGCAAAUAUCCUACCUUCUACACGGAUGAGGGCGGGAACAUUGCCAAGCUGGAGAAUCCGUGGUUCAACAGUGUCAACAAGGCAGCUCCGUUCGAUCAGCCCUUCUAUCUCGAGCUCAGUCUCGGCGUCGGCGGUACAUCCACAUACUUCCCCGACAACCUCGGCAACAAGCCAUGGCAAGACUCCUCUCCUCUCGCUGCCUCUGACUUCUGGACUGCCAAAGACCGGUGGCUGCCGACCUGGCCGACGGAUCCCAAGGUGCGGGGGAUGGCGAUCAAGAGCGUCAAGAUGUACAAGACGUGCUAA